ACUGACUUGUCUGGAACCAACACCGAGCAGGAUUCACGGUUUCACGAGUCAAAACCUUUUCCUCCCCACGUGGAUAGUCGAGUAAGACAAUACAAGUGGAACUUUCGUUUAGUUUUUGUGUAGUUUACUUUGGGCGCGAAGGGCUGUGUUGGAGCUCUACAAGGGAGAGAGGAGGAGGAAGACUGAGACUGAAACGACAGUUGGUGGAGUCGAGGUAGGAACACGGGAGAAUGGAGGUGCAGGUGCCAGGAAUGCAGAGUUCCCAGGUAGACCCCGAGGAACUUUUCACCAAGUUGGAGCGAAUCGGUAAAGGAUCGUUUGGUGAGGUCUUCAAAGGCAUCGAUAAUCGCACCCAGAGCGUAGUAGCCAUUAAGACUAUAGAUCUGGAAGAGGCCGAAGAUGAUAUUGAAGAUAUACAACAAGAGAUCACCGUACUGAGUCAAUGUGACAGUCCCUAUGUCACCAAGUACUAUGGGUCAUACCUAAAGGGCAGUAAACUAUGGAUCAUCAUGGAGUAUCUAGGAGGGGGCUCAGCUCUAGACCUGUUGCGUGCAGGUCCGUUUGAUGAGUGCCAGAUUGCCACCAUGCUGAGGGAGAUUCUGAAGGGUCUGGACUACCUUCACUCGGAGAAGAAGAUUCACAGAGAUAUUAAAGCUGCCAACAUCCUCCUCUCUGAGCAGGGGGAGGUGAAGCUAGCAGACUUUGGAGUGGCUGGACAGCUGACCGACACACAGAUGAAGAGAGAGACAUUUGUAGGCACACCGUUCUGGAUGGCACCUGAAGUCAUACAGCAGUCUUCUUAUGAUCACAAGGCUGAUAUCUGGUCUUUAGGUAUAACAGCUAUAGAGCUGGCUAAAGGAGAGCCUCCUAACAGUGACAUACACCCUAUGAAAGUUCUCUUCCUGAUCCCUAAGAGCAGUCCUCCGUCCCUCGGGGAAGACUUCUCUAAGAGUUUCAAAGAGUUCACAGACUCCUGUCUCAAUAAGGAUCCAGUCUUCAGACCCUCAGCCAGAGAGUUGUUGAAACAUAAGUUCAUAGAGAAGAACUGUAAGAGGACUUCCUAUCUGACUGAACUGAUUGACAGGUUAAAGAGAUGGAAGGCUGAAGAACACAGCGAUGACGACUCUAGCUCAGACGACGAUAGUGAGUCCAGUGACAAGGAGAACAGUCCAUCUCAACCCGCGUGGUCGUUCACCACCAUACGGAAGAAAGAUAAGGACGGCAGGAAGGACCAGCACAGUUUAUCCACAGUCAUCUCUUCAGUCUUCUCAGAGCUGAGGUUUGAUCACAGGGACAGGGAUGAACAGAGACGUGCUAUAGAGGAGUUGGAGAAAAACAUCAGACUGACUGAAGACCUCUGUCCUGGAAUCACAGACAAGAUGGUGGCCACGAUCACGACACGCUUCAGGACGUUGACUCCAACAUAAAAGAGAAGAGAUGGAUAAAGAGAGAUUCGAGGACAAUUCCAGAUAAACGAGGGAAGAAAGAAGAAGUGCAGAAGUUCUGUCUAGUCAUGUCGACACACACACACACACACACACACACACACACACACACACACCAGUAAUGUAACUCAAAGUUCCUUUCUUGCUGAAUAUCUUGGGUCUCAGUAGAUAAGACUUUACUCUACUGUCUACCUCGAGACAUAGAGAUGAUCUUUCCCCAACUAGCUCGUCUGUUGCCUUGUUCAUUCACAGAGCUUAUUCCUCAUUAACGCUCAGCUGGUUACAGAUCACUAUCUGCCUACCCCUUGGUCCUAACCCCCUCAAUGUUUUCAUGUCUGUAGGGUCUGGAUAGGUAUAAACAGUAUAGUAGUGGAUCUGUAGGGUCUGGAUAGGUAUAAACAGUAUAGUGGUGGAUCUGUAGGGUCUGGAUAGGUAUAAACAGUAUAGUAGUGUAUU